GGCGGGGGUCCUUCCGGGCCGCCGUCGCAGCCGCCUCUAUGAGGCCCUCUUUCCCCCCGCCAGCGGCACCGCUGAGGGAUGUUUGCGUGGAGCUGCCGGCGCUGAGGCUGCCGGCGCCGGGAACGGUUCCAGGGCCUGUCAUGGGGGUGAGCGGCGGGCCCGGAGGCGGCGGCGGCGCCCUGUUCCCUGAGCGGUUUCGUCUGCCGCUCUGCUGCCUGGGCGUCUUCGUCUGCUACUUCUGGUACGGCGUCCUGCAGGAGACAAUUACAAGAGGCAAAUAUGGGGAAGGAGCAAAGCAGGAAAAGUUCAGAUAUGCUCUGUCUUUGGUCUUCAUCCAGUGUGUGAUCAAUGCUAUUUUCGCCAAACUGUUGAUCCAGUUUUUUGACAGCGUCAAGGUGGAUCGGACACAGAACUGGCUAUACGCAGCUUGCUCUCUCUCCUACCUGGGUGCCAUGGUCUCCAGCAACUCUGCCCUGCAAUUUGUCAACUACCCAACUCAGGUGCUGGGGAAGUCCUGUAAACCUAUUCCAGUCAUGCUCCUGGGGGUGACGGUGCUAAGGAAGAAGUACCCCUUGUCCAAAUACCUGUGUGUCUUGCUGAUCGUCACAGGCGUGGCCCUGUUCAUGUACAAACCAAAAAAGGGAGGAGACGUCGGGGAUGACCACCUCUUUGGGUAUGGAGAACUCCUGCUGUUGCUAUCCUUGACCUUGGAUGGACUGACCGGAGUGUCUCAGGACCACAUGAGAGCUCAUUACCAGACUGGUUCCAAUCACAUGAUGCUGAAUGUCAAUCUGUGGUCUACUUUGUUCCUUGGAGCCGGUAUCUUGUUUACAGGAGAGCUUUGGGAAUUCUUGAGUUUCACUGAGCGUUACCCCAGCAUCAUCUACAACAUCCUCCUCUUUGGCCUGACAAGUGCCCUGGGCCAGAGUUUCAUCUUCAUGACUGUGGUAUACUUUGGGCCCCUGACCUGCUCCAUCGUCACCACCACCCGCAAAUUCUUCACCAUCUUGGCUUCGGUCAUCCUGUUUGCCAAUCCGAUCACCGGCCUGCAGUGGGUGGGCACCAUCCUAGUAUUCCUUGGACUUGGACUGGAUGCCAGAUACGGGAAAGCGUCCAAGAAAACCUCACAUUAAGACAGCAGAGGGUCCUUCUCUUGGAAACCUCAACCUGAACAAACUGUUAACUUAUUGUCUUACUCCCCGGCACUUAUCGGAUAUGGACUCGUGCUUUGGGGGAGAGGGGGUUUUAUGGGAGUGUGGGCAGGGCAUUAGUUUGGUGCAGCUCCAAGAAACUUGGAAUAUUUUUUUAAAAGAGAAAUCAAAGGUUUUGUUUUAAUUGAAAUCAACAACGUGAAGGUUUCCACGUGUACUGCCUCCUCCCCUCUGUGCCAGGAAUCGAAGCUGAGGUUGGCAGGCGGCAAAAAAGAGAAGCAAUUGACGAAAGGAGAGGAGCCCUUCAUAAUAAAUAAAAGGAGGAGAGAUUGAGA